GGGCGAUUUUGUACUUUGGGGAAAUUUCUAUUAAGAAUAUCAGAGUCAAUUGUAAUACGACUUAUCUAUAGGCUGUAUGGUUUCCACAAAUGCAUAUAGUCUCAAACGUCGAAAAUACAGAACGAAAGCAUUUUGUUUCUCUGUGAACUCAAGCAAUGGUCGGCUACUAUAAAACUGAAUUUUCGCUAUCUUCACGCAGCACGGUCUUAUGAAAUUAUAUGUCGGCGCUGUAUCUGCAGCGGAGGUCGAGACGAUUGCAUUUUAAAUAAGGAUAUUAGUUUCACACUUUUACCAUUAUAAAAUAUGUGUGUAUUCACACAAGCACACAUCAUUCUGAGGCUCGCCUUCUUCCACGGAACACCUUGGCUCUAGGAACUGUCACUGGUGCUGUAGAUACUGUCGCCUCCCCGCCCAUCGCGGUGUGCCAUUGGCUAGCAGCGCUGGUUAAUUUAUUUCAGUCUGUAGUAGUGUAGCAUUGGGGUGGUAAUACAGGUUAGAAUUAGGAAUUGCAAGAUGCUGCUUCGAAGAGCUAGCUACACUGGACAGAUUUUUAACUGGUCUCGAUUCAGUGGCAGGUUUAUCUAAGACACCGAGGGAGCCAGUCCCAUGCAGAUAACUACGGAGGAACCUGUUACUGUCACGCUGCCUCCGAUGGCAUCAGCUUGAAUACGGGGGAAAGUCUCCCCGUUUUCGGUGCAGACGGAAAGAGAAGCAAUGGGACCGUUUUCGAAGGGACGCUACUUCUGUUUGGGCAUCUUCUUGUUCCUCGUUUUCUUCACUACUUGCACGACAACUAAAGGAACCGGCAGCGAUGCCCUCCCGGACUCCUUGCCGUCCGUCCCGGGCACGCUCCCGCACUUCCUGCAGGAGCCCGAGGACGCCUACAUCAUCAAGAGCAACCCCAUCAAGCUUCGGUGCCGGGCCGCGCCCGCUCUGCAGAUCUUCUUCAAGUGCAACGGGGAGUGGGUGCACCAAAACGAGCACGUGUCCCGCGAGUACCUGGACGAGGACACAGGGCUGAAGAUCCGAGAGGUGAUGAUCAAUGUUUCCCGGCAACAAGUGGAGGACUUUCAUGGCCCGGAGGACUACUGGUGUCUCUGUGUCGCCUGGAGCCACCUGGGCACUUCAAAAAGCCGCAAAGCAACCGUCCGAAUUGCAUACCUGCGGAAGAACUUUGAGCAGGACCCCCAGGGGAAGGAGGUGCCAAUCAAGGGCAUGAUCGUGCUGCACUGCCGCCCCCCAGAGGGAGUCCCGGUGGCUGGGGUGGAGUGGCUGAAGAACGAGGAGCUGGUGAAUUCCGUCACCGACGACAACAUUGACACCCGAGCCGACCACAACCUCAUCAUCAACGAGGCCCGGCUGUCCGAUUCGGGGAACUACACCUGCCUGGCUACCAACAUAGUUGCCAAGAGACGCAGCGCCACGGCAACCGUCGUGGUGUUCGUGAAUGGUGGCUGGUCAUUGUGGACAGAGUGGUCAUCUUGUAACGUGCGGUGUGGGAGGGGUGUUCAGAAACGCUCACGCACGUGUACCAACCCCGCGCCUCUCAACGGGGGUGCUUUCUGUGAAGGCAUGUCCAUGCAGAAGAUUACCUGCAAUGCUGUCUGUCCAGUGGACGGCGGCUGGGAGGAGUGGAGCGAGUGGACCGUGUGCAGCCCGGACUGCGAGCGGCAGCGGCGGAGGGAGUGCCUGGCGCCGGCGCCCAGGCACGGCGGCAAGCUCUGCGAGGGGGCCGGCCAGGCUGCCGAGAACUGCACCGGGGGACUCUGCACCCAGAAUCGAAAGCUGCUACACGAUGUAGAGCCUCAAAGUAUGGAGGGCACUAACGACGUGGCCCUUUACUCUGGCUUGGCGGCAGGGGUCAUCGCUGUGGCCGUCCUCGUGGUGGCUGUCACUUUGUACCGGAAAAACCAGAGCGACUACGGGGUGGACGUUAUCGACUCCUCUGCGCUGACGGGAGGCUUUCAGUCCUUCAACUUCAAGACCACCAGACAAGGAAAUCCGCUUCUUCUCAACUCCUCCAUCCAGCCGGACCUGACGGGGGGCCGCACCUACAGCAGCCCCAUUUGUUUCCAGGACUCCAUGGACAAGGAGCUGUUUGACCCCCUGCCUGACAUCAAGGUCAAAGUUCAGAGUUCCUUCAUGGUGUCACUGGGGGUGGCGGACCGGGCGGAGUACCACGUCAAAGGCCACCCAGAGACCUUCCCCAGGGGGCUGCAGCGAGACUACAGCACCGUGGAGAGCCGCAAGAAGAACCUGCUCACCCCCACCGCCCCUGUCACGCCCUCUAAAGCGGAACUGAGGACUGUGGGCAUAUUCGGGAAUCUGGGCGGACGGUUGGUGGUGCCUAACACAGGAGUCAGCCUGCUGGUGCCGCAUGGGGCGAUUGCAGAGGACACUUCCUGGGAAAUGUAUAUGAUCAUCAAUCAAGAGGAAAACAGUGCCCACACGGACGAGGGCUGUGAAAUACUACUGGGGCCAGAGGUCACGUACGGCCCCCCAGGGCUCAGCCUGUCCUGUCCCGUCGCCAUGACGAUAGCCCACUGCGCCGAGGUGAACGGGGAAAACUGGAACAUCCGACUCAAGAGGAAAAGGCAUGAUAACAAGUGGGAGGAAGUGAUGUCGGUGGAGGACGAGACGACUUCCUGUUACUGCCUGAUGGACUCUCACAGCUGCCACCUGCUGCUGGACCAGCCCGGCUCGUACGCCCUGGUGGGCGAGCCCCUCACAGAGGUGGCCGUCAAGAGGCUGAAGCUGGCCGCGUUCGGCAGCAUGGGCGCCAGUUUCAUGGAGUACAGCCUCAGGGUGUACUGCGUGGAUGACACGCCCCAUGCUUUCCAGGAGGUGGUGGCCACAGAGACAGGCAAGGGUGGGCAGCUGCUUGAAGAGCCAAAAACCCUGCUCUUCAAAGGAACCACCUUCAGCCUACAGGUGUCAAUCCAGGACGUCCCGCAGUUUUUGUGGAACAUCAAGCCCUUCACCACCUGUCAGGAAUUCUCCUUCUCCCAAGUGUGGUGCAGCAAUCAGCAGCCUCUGCACUGUGCCUUCACCCUGGAGAGAUACAGCCCCGCCACCACCCAGCUCUCCUGCAAGAUCAGCGUGCGGCAGGUCAAAGGUCACGAGCAGAUCCUCCAGGUGUACACGUCCGUGGCGGAGAGUGAAAAGGAGAGCAUCCCAUUCUUCACUCAGGCGGACUGCACUGUCACAUCUCAGAUGGGGCCCAAGGCCUUCAAAAUCCCUUUCUCCAUUCGCCAGAGGAUCUGUGCCACCUUCGACACUGCCAACGCCAAGGGCAAAGACUGGCAGCUCUUAGCUCAGAAGCUUCACAUCGAGAGGAAUCUGUCCUAUUUUGCCAAGCAGCGGAGCCCUUCUGCAGUCAUACUCAAUCUGUGGGAGGCACAGCAUCAGGACAACGGUGACCUGGACUCUCUAGCCAGUGCCCUGGAAGAAAUUGGCAGGAUCCACUCUAAAAGCCCCACAAAGAGCCCAGAGGAACCAAACUCAGACUUUGCAUAAGAGAGGCCAGGAUCACCCAGGAACUGAUAUGUCACUGGUACAGUGGGCACCCCAAGCUACACUUCAAACUGCUCACGGGACACACACUUCCUGCAAUAUCGUGGUCAAUAUCACUGAUAAACCGGGGUCAGAAAACACGUCAUGAGAAGCCUACUUAUUUAUGUACAAAAUUUAAGAAAAGAAUAAUAAAAACUAAUCAGUUUAUUAGUGGCACAUCAAAAGGAAUAAGAUGGCAUGGUUGUGAAGGGGAUGUAGUGCCACAGGGCAAAAGGAAGGGGGCGCUGUUAAGCAAACGCUGUGGACGCAAACCUCUUUUUUCUGUUGGACCCAUUUCUUCUGGUCUCGCAUUAUCAAGCUGCCAGGACACUUCGCUCUGUGUGACGUAAAUGUGUUUUCUUUUGUUUGCUUUUCCGCCCUGUUUUCUGUUAUUUUUCAGUUCAUUCUGAAGUGGAGUCGCACCACGUGAACACACUCUUAACCAAGAACAGAACCCGAAUUUCCCUUUACGGAUUCCUGUGGCUGUAGAUAUUGGGUCCUCUUGUUCGUUGCCAUUUCCGUCCCUCACCAAGCCGCCCGUUUGUCACGAGGUCUGAGUUAUACAUUCAGCUAGCGUUUCCAACUGAACUCUCAAGAUGCUGGUGCCAUUUUAAAAAUGGCUAGGUAUGCACACUUUUGACUGAAAUAUGGGAAAGGCAUCUCGCAGCAGCCCAACACUGUAAAGGCUAGCGGAGCAGUAAUGUUUUUUUUUUGUUUGUUUUUUUUUUCCCAAGCAAAAGUACCCGAGUGCUUUUGCGGAAGGACUAUUUUUGAAGGUGGAAACCCUAAUGGAAGCCUGUUUAUUUCAGACGGCGCUCCUUGGCGAGCUACUAGUCGCACACUUUAACGAGCGAUAUUGGGCUUAGAGCAACGCGACUGUCAGAAACCCCGGUCAUGCGUAACGCUGUACCUCAUAAUCACAUUUAAAAACAUUAAUAUUUACCGUGGCAGUUCUUGAGAUGUCCCGAGACGUCUCAGUCACUUCGGGCCCCUCCGUUGAAAUCCUACGCACAACAUCUGCAUAAAAUGCUUGAGGAAACGGUUGAGGCUUGUGUGCGGGGUGCUAUGUUGUUCCACGAAAAGCACGAUGACAGUGAGUGGCUGCAGCAAUGCGCCGCUGACGUAGCUGCUCAGGCCUACUGCUGAAGCUAGCAGAGAGAUAGCAACCGAUGGGUUUAGAGUCUUUCAUCAGACGCAUUCAAACCCGGCGGAUUAGGAAACGGCGUCGUGAAUAUCAGGUGCUACAAAUGGAUUAAGGUAUAUUUCCAGUUGUAUUUCACUGGCAGAGGCCCUGCAACUAUAUAGUUUAUAAUAAAAGGUUACUUUAAACUACCUAGAAAAUAUAAUGUUUCUACGUUUAGGCCUAUGGCCUAUCGGGGUACAAACAAGGAAAAAUACCUCUCUGCAAUCCGGUUUGACUAGCAUCAGGCAAUUGCAGCAAUUUUUCAGACCAUACCAUCCCCAUAUUUUAAAAGUUAAAACAAAGAAAACUUUUACCUGAUGCUGAAAAGUCUGCAAUCGUUGGAGAAAGUCUACAGUCCACUCGUAUUCGCGCUGGGGGGACGGAAACUGGCGGUCAGGACCAGAUGUAAUUAACGACAGCACAAAGCCAAAAAAGCAGUUUGACAGUCUCCGUAAAAUGCUGCGGGGACCUGGCGGGGAAGUUAAACAAAGGAGCCGCCUAAUUAAUUACGUUUAUUUGCGCCGGGUGUGCAUGUGAGAGAGCGGCAAACAGAGUCAGGAGUUCCGGUGGCUUGCGUGAUAGGCUAAGUUCUGAGAAAAAGUCGAUAAAUCCAGGAGACAGGCAGGCUUGAUAGCGGUAAUUCAUUGCAAACUCAGCAAAGAACUCAUUAGCGCUGAUAGACGUUCCCCUAUCGCGGUUUGCAUUGUGAGAGCAGUUUCCACUCGUACUUCAGCAGUGAAUGGUGGAACGUGGAAGAUGGUCGGGGUUCGUUUUAGCCUCCUCUGAUUCUAGUCGGCCAGUCGACCUAAUUUUUAUUCGGUGGGAAAUUCAUUCAGCCUUACCCACAGUGUUAUGACAUUCACAGUUACGCACAUCCUUAUAGCCUUGUUUAUACAUAUGCUGCUCUAUCAAGGCAGUGGUGUCCGAAAGACAGAUUAUGCGACUACUAAUUUCUUUCUCUGACCGUGGAUUAUUUUACAGGUACAUCCAUAAUGAAUGCCUAUUAGUCACACAUUUCAGAGCACUAAGGAAAGUCCCUCUGAUUAGCAAAACCUUUGAUUUAUAUUGGCUUGCUGUAUAUCAUAUGCAGAUGUGUUAACAUCCAUAAUUAUGAAAACUUGCCAUUUUGCUUUGGUUAUGUUUUUUUCAUGAUUCUGAAGCUGUGAUUGUUUACACGAUGAAUACUGUUAGCCUAAAUGUUUUGCUUAUUUAAACUGACAAUAUGCAUUGCUUGGCUCAUUGUCUAUCCCCCACUUAUUUUGUUCCAAACUAUAGGUUAUGGAACAGUUCCAACAGUAUGUGGUAAAUGAGGUGCUGCAAAAGUAGGGUGCUGUAUAAAAAAAAGAAAAGAAAAAAGAACCUAAAGGCUAUAAAAUAUGGUGUGUGAUUUGCUUUUGGAGUUCUUUUGUGUCUUUUGUAAAAGCCAGCUAAGUAAUGGUAUUUAAGAGGUUAUAUAUCUAUGAUGUGUAUCACUAGCUACUAUCUCUAAAUAAAUAUUAUUUUGCAAAAGAA